AUGGAGCGGAGUCCGAAUGACAGGGCUGCCACAGCGGAGAUGACGACGUCUCUGGACACAGAUUUUUCAGUAUCUACAUAUGACGUCACAUCAAGAAGUAUAUAUGUUAAAUGGACAAAAGUUGCCGGUGCCACAUCCUAUGGAAUCACUGCAUCCCCUUUCACGUCGGCAGCACAGUCUGCAUUUGCUGUUUUUAAUCCGGGCACCAUUAUAGGAACGGUAAACACUUUACUUCCUAACACUAACUACACAGUAAUGGUAGAAGCCAUGGACCAAGAUGGCAACACUCUGGCUCAGGCUCAGACUCUCCAGCUGACAGCUCCAGAAGUUCCGGUUAUUGAACAGGCAUAUUCCAAGCUGAGUAAUAGUAUUACAGUGGAAUGGGCCGAGGUGUCGGGGGCUACAGGUUACCAGGUCAUCGCUCAGGAUGGACAGUCCUUCUUUGACUCUUUUGUAACCAGUUCCCCGGGAACCGUCACCGGUUUGCAAGCUGCUACAUCCUACAAAAUCACCGUGAGAUCCAUCAACUCAGCUGGAAAGAGUCAACCUUCUCCUCCUAAGUGGGCAACAACAGUGCUGGAGGCUCCCUCGGUCACCGUGGACUCUCCGACCAGUGACUCUAUCAGCGUUAGCUGGACUUCGGUACCGUCAUCGGUUCUGUACUCGGUUUCUGUGAUGAGAUCAGAUGGAUCUGGUACCAGAUGGAACCAAAACACCACAGCGCUAUCACUUAACUUCACCUCCUUGGAUCCGGGCAGUACCUAUACUAUUAAAGUCCAUGCAUGGGAUGCCAAUGGGAUUCCAGGAGACGAUAUCACCUACAACCAGAUAACACGUCCUUCUGCUCCAUCGGAUGUUCAGAUAACAUUUAACAGUGGAGCAUUAGAGGCCACGUUCUACGUAUCUGGAGCUGAUGCCACGACCAACUAUACAAUGUUACUUUACAGUGGAGCCACCUCAGAGGCCAGUGCUAACUGCACCAUGUCAGUGUCUCCCUGUACAAUCUCUUCGCUGCAUUGUGGGAUCGAGUAUAACGUGUCUCUGUUAGCGACCAAUGAAGCCGGAUCUACUCCAUCUGCAAAGACCUGGAGUCUUAUGUCAGUUCCAUGUGCACCAAGUGGAAUCUCUGUCGUGGAAGAAAACCCUGGCAACCUCACAGUGUCGUGGGCCAGUGGAACCCUCUCCGAGUAUUAUGUUGUAUUUGUAAAGAGUGACGACGGCUUUGAGGUUCACUGCAACACCACCCAGUCACCGUGUUACUUUCCCGCUGAGUGUGGAUUCAUCUACUUCAUGAGCGUCUUUGCAUAUAAUAAAGCAGGGCAAAGCCCUCUGGGUGAGCUUCUCAAUUACACCACAGCCCCUUGCUGUCCCAGUGACUUCAGCACAGCGUACGUGUCGAGUGAUACCCUGGAGAUUGUCUGGUCUGCCGUGAGAGGUGCAGAAAUGUACGAGACGAAGGCUGACGACGGGACCAACGUAAUCCUCUGUAAUGACACCGCUACAGUCUGUGCCCUGUCUGGUCUGCAGUGUAACACACAGUACAAUGUCACAGUGUUUUCCUACAGUGAGAACAGAGGCAGCAACACCUCAUGCUCAUCGAAAUACAUGAAGACAGGUCCCUGUAGUCCCGAAAUCACCAAUAUCACAAACAUUGAUGCAAGCUCGUAUAUGAUUCGUUGGGACUCCAGUAACUAUAAUGCCGUGUACGCCGUGACUGUCCGAGGACAGAAUAGAUUGUGGAAUUGUACCAGCUCGGGCUCUUCUUGUAUAUUGGAAAGCCUUCCGUGUGGGUCCAUGUUUAUGGUCAGUGCAGUGGCGUAUACAUCUGAAGGAAUGAGUCUGCCCGGUUACAGCGUGCCCUUGGAAACAGCUCCUUGCUGUCCAACAAACCUCAGUGUUGUCCAGGUCACACAGUCCGUGACCAAUGUGAGCUGGUCCGCCGCCACCGGAGCAAAGACGUACACUACCGUGCUGGAGUCACCAAAGGGACAGGCCAAAUGCCACACCCAGGAGGAGCACUGCCUGCUGGGAUGCAUUACAUGUGGGACAAGCUACUCGGUAUCCCUGGAAGCAGUCAGUGAGACCGGCCUGGGGACACAGUGUACUUAUCAUGGCUACUCAUCCAGUGCUUGCUGUCCAUCAGGAGUCAAGCUAUAUAGAUUGUCCAACACCGGCAUCAGAGUUUCCUGGCGAACAUCAGCCACUACGGCUAACUACACAGUCAACAUCUAUGGAACAAAGGGGAAUUUUACCUGUAGUCCAAACGGCAGCUUAAGUUACUGUGACGUCACCGAAAUACCGUGUGGCGAUGUGUACACCGUGGUGGUGUCUCCUGUCAGUGAUGAACAUAACCAAAUAUCAUUCUGCCCUCAAAAAAUUUAUUCGGUUACCUGUUCGGGAAGCUCUCUUGGAAUGGUGAUCUAUAGAGGAAAGAGAAGCAUCACAUAAUAGCAAUUCCCCUUAUAGAUCUUCAUAUUAUUCCCUUCGUAGACUUCUUGACAACAAUUCUGGCAUGAACAAAACUGGACGCCCCCAAACAAAUACCUAAAACCAACAGUAUGGAUAAAUGUGCAUCAAAGACACAACAGCAAAUUAAACACUUUGUAACUGUGUAUGAUGUAAUAAUCAAUGGUGACCAGUGGAUAAUGGUGGUCAUAGAUUUUUAUUGGCGUGGCAGGUAUCAUAGAAGAGUCUUGUUCUACUACUGGGAUUCAAUGCAAAAUUGCAGAAGAACCUUUAGGUCCACCAAACAUGGAGAUGACUAUAACCUUCGUACCUCGUAUGGGUAAAUCACAGAUUCCAAUCUAAGCUAUAGAAUUAGUACAUAUAGAACCAUAUCUGACAAACAAAUAUGGUCCAGCCUUUUUUGACAUUUUAAGGAUUGUGAGUUCAUGUAUUUGUUUUUAGCUAUUAUAAUACAUGACUUGGUGGUGGAUAAAAUAAUGGACCAUUACAAUGAACAUGCAGCCCGAUUUCUAGGUAGUGGGUUCUAGAUUAGGAAGAGCUGAGCAGAUAGAUAUUUAGUUUUGUGGGAAAAUAUUUAGCAGAACCUGUAAUAUCCAUGAAAUAUCUGUUCUUGCUAGGCUUAGGAGUCCAGUGGGUCGUCCUACUGUCAUCCACUGAUUAGGACAGCCCAUUGGACCUCUAAGCUCAGAACAGGCAGACAUAUAAAAUGAUUAAAUGACUGGUUACACUGAAUCUUUUCCCACAAAUAUGUAUAUCGAUCUCCUCAGCAUCUCUUUCUAUAUAACAUUUUGCCUGCACAGAAUUUUCAAAGUGACAGGUUCCCUUUUAGGUUCAAUAAAUCUGUAGCCUUAUUUAGAGCACUAUGGUUCACAUUAUUCAUAUGGUUCGUACCACUUAACCCAGAUCCAAACCUAAAAACAUAUCUAGAACGGGCCCUGACUCUCCCUACUGCAUAGAGCGUUAAGUUGGCAUGCGUUCCAUGCAUUGUCUACGAGAUACCUGAGUACAUAUCCAGUGCUCCCAUAGACAAUGCAUGGAGUGCAUGCCAAUCCACCGAUUCCCAUAGUGGGCUCCGUUCUGGAGAUCAUGGAGGUGAAAUACUGACCUGUGAAU